AUGGCUUAUCAUAGAAAUAGUGCAUGCAAUUUGACGAUCCUGCCAGAGGCCCCAGAUGCCAAAGCUUCGUCUUAUUACUUUGUCGACGGCGAGAACCCCGGCGUGUUCUACGAUCAGCUUUUUCAAGCAGCGCACCAUACAUUACCCCGAAUCUGGGACACUCGGUACCCAGCUGAAGAGCUUCUGGAUGACCUUGAGAACCUUCGAGCCCUGGACCUCACCCAUGAGUGCAACAAGCUUCAUUUCAAACUGGAAACUCUGGAUCAGAGCUCACCGGGCCUGUCCCUGAACAUUUCCCACAUGACAGGCAUAUGCGAAGACUUACGUCAGACCAAAGAGGUGCGGAUCUCUCCAAUCACGCCUCAGUGGCCAAGUAUAUUGUACUAA